UAAUGUAAACAUUCCGGUGACGUAGUCCUACUCUGGUUUUGUUGAUUCGACUCUUUCAUUGUUUCCUUUUCAUUUAGAUCUAGAUCUAGUCUAUGAAAUUAUUACAGUUUACAGUUUUCAAAAGCUUCAAAAACAUGAGUUCAAGUACUACAAGUGGUCAUUGGAGUCAAGCCCUUACGGCGGCAAUGAGCGAUCCUCAACAAAUUCUUGAUAGUGAUGAUCAAAUAGUGAUAAUUAAAGAUAAAUAUCCCAAAGCCUUAUAUCAUUUUCUUGUGUUACCAAGAAGAAAGAUGCCCAAUUUAAGAAGUAUGACAAAAAACGACCUUGAUCUGCUCAAAUAUAUGCACAAUAAAGGGGAAGCUUUUGCAAAUCGAGCUAAUAAAGAAUUGAAAUUUCGUUUUGGUUAUCAUGCAAUUCCUAGUAUGAGCCACUUACAUAUGCAUAUAAUAAGUCAAGACUUUAACAGUUCGUGUUUAAAAACUGUGAAGCAUUGGAAUUCAUUUAACACUGAAAAUUUCGUAGACUCUGCAGAUCUAAUUAAAGAAAUUGAAACAAAAGGAAGAUUUGAAAUUGACCAGGAAGAAAUUAGUUUAUUGCUGAAAAAAGACUUAUGUUGUCAUGUAUGCAAACAAAGUUUCUCCACACUCCCAAAGCUCAAAGAUCACAUUGUUCUCCAUGACGUUACCAGAAGAGAAAACAAAUAAUAUUAAAAGCUGGAAAAGAGUUAUUGAGAAUGCAAAUUAUUUGCUAGUCUUUUAUACUUUGACUACUUUAGGUCACUUCCUGAUGGCUGCUUUAAAAUCAGUUAAAUAUAAAAAAGCAAUUAACGCAACAGAAAUGUAUAUUUUCAGUUAUUGUGGAAAUUCUGAGUGAAUUAUGGAUAGAAUAAACAGUGAAAGGAAAACUGGCUUAUUGUGUUACUGCAUGGCUCUGGAUGAUUGAAGUCUCGUAGGCUUUGGCUAUCCGAUUCAGCAGAGACUUCCUAAACUGGUCUAGAAAGUUCAAAUUAUCCUUUCAGAAAGGGUCUGCCUCAUUGUCCCAAAAGCUGAAAGUGGCAGUUGUGCUAUGGUGGUCAUAUAAUACGUUUAGGAGCAACUCCUUGAGGUGCAUGGCCUUUGGUUGCUUGAAACCAAGAAUGAAAGUGACCAAAGAAGAACCCCUCAAUAAAAUUGUGUGAUGGUAUCAGCCAUUGCAGUACAUUGUGACAGUGUCAGGAAUAAAUCAUUCUCAGUGCUAGGGUUUCAUGUGGCCCUUGUUUUUACCUGUUACAGUUAUGUUGAAUUUGUGUACAUGUCGUUUUUUUUGGUGUUUGAUUCUUUGGACUUCUUCGUGUCCACAUUAACUUAAUCUACAAAUUAAAACUCAAAUAUUUUAAUCAAAUUAACUCUAGUUGUUUACUUUCUGUAUUAUUUUUACAAGUUUUGGAUGUUCAUUAUUGUUCCUUCAGAGUUGAAGAUAAACUACUACCUAGUACAAACCUCCCCCAGUACCACAGAGGAUGAAAGUGGGUAGGAUAUGAACCCAGGACCAUUGAGAUAACCUAAUGACAGUCUAGAGCACAUGACCAGCUAGCCAUAUCUCUGAAUUACAAUGUAAUAGAUUCAUCAAGCCUAUCUAGUGAUAUGAAACAGACAAAUUUCAGAUUAUCAUUUUCAACAAGUGACUUGGCAUCCCAUGGAAUUUUCUUUGAGAUAUAUUUAGCCAUUCUAGUAAGAGUCACUUAUAUCUAAAAGUUAUGAUGUUAUUCUAGUUUAAACAAAUUUCAAGGCUUGAUCCCCCCCCCCUUGCUUGCCAAAUUUGCUUGUGACACUUGUUAUGGCCUAUGUACUUUUUUUUACUAUUCCAAUCCAGUACAGAGAAGAGUAACUGUUCAAAAAUGUUUUAUUACACUAUCGCACAAUCAUAUACAGUACUCUUUAGUGGCAUGUUAAAAUUGUGUGUAAUUUUUUUUUUAUUUAAAAGCUAUGCAUUCUUUUCACACUCCCAAAAAAAUAUAUUUUGAUUUUUGUGUAAUAAAAGAAUUAUACUUUU